GCGCAACUAUGAACGCGACGGCCGUGAGCAGCAGCAGCGGAAGCAGCAGCGGUGGCGGUGGUGGCGGCAUUGGUGGCAGUCGGAAGGGCACGUCAAAGGCAUCGUCAUCAGCACCAUCUGUGUCUGGGACGGGGAAUGGCAGCAGCAGCAGUACCAAGAGGCAAGCCAGCCGUGGUGCUGGCGCUCAUGGCAAUGUACACGAUGAUGGCGAAGUGAAAGCAUCACACUCGGCUGUGGUGGUGAUGCCAGAGCAGGAGCACGCACACCCAAAGGUGUACGAGGUGUACACGGGCAAGUCCAAGUUGUGGUGUGGCGGCCGAUGCAUUACAGGCGAUAACUACGGAGCAAUCAUAUUCAGCUGGAUCAUGAUCUUGCUUGCCUCAACCCUCUUCUUCGUCUUUACGGCUCCGUUCCUAUGGAGGGAUCUGUCUCCAGCGGUUGUGAUCAUCUGCGCGUACCUCCUGUACACGGUGGUUGCCAACCUCCUCUGGGCAGGCCUCACCGAUCCAGGCAUCUGUCCACGUGCGCUGCGGGAGGAGGGUGACAACAUCAUCCGCUUGCCGCACACGAAACCAAACACCCGCCCGCCACCACGCCAGCGCACUGCAAUGAUCAACGGGCAGGAGGUCCAGAUGCGGUAUUGCUUCACGUGCCACCAAUACCGCAUGCCGCGCGACACGCACUGCGGCGUGACCGACGACUGUGUUGACACGGUUGGUAAGGGCCUGGCAAAGCAUCCUGGGGUUCCCGUUGUCGUCUUCAUCACAUUCGUCACGUUCUUCCCCAUCAGUGGCCUUGUCACCUUCCACGUUGCGCUUGUGCGGAGUGCGGUGUCCACGAACGAAUCGCUCAAGCUCCGCUUCGACAACGUGGAGAGCCCGUACCACCGCGGCCACCCCUUCAAGAACGCAGUCUAUACGCUGUUUGGCCCGCUGCGCCCGCCACUGAUGCGAUGGCGCGAGCUUGCAUCCCUGUACGACCUCAUGCAUCAGCACCGUGAGCCACGGCGCAAGCAGCGGCGGCGGCGAUAA